AUGUUCACGGGGACAGUGAAGAUCGAAAUAUGCGAGGCAGUUGGACUAAGGGCGACGGACAAGCAACGCAAGUUCUGGCAGGAUGAACCAAUACUUGAUCCCUACGUUCAGCUGGACGUCGACGAGAAUCAUCUUGAUCGUUCGUCGACCAAACCAAAAACCUUCGACCCGGUAUGGAACGAGUGUUUCACGCACGAGGUCCAGGAUGCGGUGAUGCUCGGACUCACUGUCUUCCACGAUGCGACAUUACCGCCGGAUUAUUUUGUCGCGAACUGCAGUAUUCCUUUCGAGGAACUUGUCCGCAGGGAUGACAAGACUGCGGAUCUAUGGGUUGACCUUGAACCUCAAGGAAAGUUAAGAGUUAGGAUCGAUCUGAAGUGGAAUGAUCAAGAUCAACAAUCAGGCUGUGGUAUAGGUGAUGGAGAAGGAUUUGGAGCCAGAGGUGGUGGCAGCAUCACCUCUGGGAAGGAACCCUUGGUGGAGUUCAAAGAACGACAGGGUUUCAACCGGAGAAGGGGUGCUAUGCGACGUAGGGUUCAUCAAGUAAAUGGUCACAAGUUCAUGGCUACUUUCCUGAGACAACCAACUUUCUGUUCUCAUUGCCAUGACUUCAUAUGGGGCUUGGGCAAGCAGGGCUAUCAGUGUCAAGUCUGCACAUGUGUAGUUCACAAAAGAUGUCACAAGUCGGUUAUCACAAAAUGUCCAGGCAUGAAAGCUGAGUCAAGCCAAGCCACAGAAAGCCCACGAUUCAGUAUAGACAUGCCACACCGUUUUUUCGUUCGUACUUACAAAAAAUUUGCGUUCUGUGACCAUUGUGGCUCACUCAUGUAUGGUAUAGUCAGGCAAGGCUUACAAUGUGAAGCUUGUAAUAUGAAUGUUCACAAGAGGUGCCAGAAAAAUGUAGCAAACAACUGUGGUAUUAACACUAAAGUUAUGGCCGAAAUUUUACGUGCAAUGAAUAUAUCACCAGAUAAACAGAUAAAAACUCCAAAGAUUACUUAUAGAACAACAACAUGUCACUCUGGCCAAACAACUACGGCAGUAACAGUCACGGAUACGUUACCGACAGAUAACUCACAGCUAGUUCAAAGGGCGGAAGAACCAGUUACUGUCUCUCCUGAAAAUGCAGUACCUGAGAAUGAAGCUAGGAAAUUUGGUAUCGAAGACUUUAAUUUCCUCAAAGUCCUCGGCAAAGGAAGUUUUGGAAAAGUGAUGCUAGUGGAACGAAAAUCCAAUCCAGACGAAGUUUACGCCGUAAAAAUUUUAAGAAAGGACGUGAUCAUACAAGACGACGAUGUUGAAUGCACAAUGACUGAAAAGAGAAUUUUAACACUGGCAGCGAAACAUCCUUUUCUCACAGCUAUUCACAGUUGUUUCCAGACAAUUGAUCGGUUGUUUUUUGUUAUGGAGUAUGUGAAUGGAGGUGACUUAAUGUUUCACAUCCAGAGAGCUCGAAAGUUUGACGAAGCAAGAGCACGCUUCUACGCGGCAGAAGUUACACUCGCAUUGCAAUUUCUCCACAAGCAUCACGUUAUUUAUCGAGAUCUUAAAUUAGACAAUAUAAUACUGGACCAAGAAGGUCACUGUAAAUUAGCAGACUUUGGAAUGUGCAAAGAGGGUAUUAUCGAAGGGACAACGACCACGACAACGUUUUGUGGUACACCUGACUACAUAGCACCUGAAAUUCUUCAAGAAUUGCACUAUGGUGCUAGUGUCGAUUGGUGGGCACUUGGCGUUUUAAUGUACGAAAUGAUGGCUGGUCAGCCACCUUUCGAAGCGGAUAACGAAGACGAUCUGUUUGAAUCUAUUUUACGAGACGAGGUGCUCUACCCUAUCUGGAUCUCAAAAGAGGCAGUUUCUAUUUUAAAAGGGUUUAUGACAAAAAACGCUGCCAGGAGAUUAGGUUGUGUUACUGCAAAUGGCGGCGAGAAUGCCAUAAAAGCUCACCCAUUUUUUCAAGAAAUAGAUUGGGACGCACUUGAAGCACGCAAAGUGAAACCACCGAUCAGACCAAAAAUUAAAAGCAAAAAGGACGCGAUGAACUUCGAUACGGAAUUCACGAGAGAAGAUCCGGUAUUGACGCCAGAAGAUCCGGACGAAGUGAAUGACAUUAACCAAGAAGAAUUCCAAGGUUUCUCCUUCGUCAACAAAGACUUCAAUCCUGCCAGGUUUGGAGCGCAAUAAGAAGUAAGAAAGAGCGAAUGAAGAGGAUUCAGUGUUAAUAUCAUCUUAAACGCUUCUUGCUUGGAAAAUUGGCGAGCAUGCCAAUCUGCAGAGCUGAACAUCGGCGUUUUUGAAGCUGC